AUGGUAAAGGGUGUGUUUGCAGCGAGAGGGUGCCCUUAUGGAUGGGUGCCUUAUGCUGAGUCUUGCUACUUGGGUCUGGAUGGAUCCAUGGAGGGCAACUGGAUCACUGCCGUGAUGCAGUGUAAUCGUAACAACGCAUCUAUAAUGCUCCCAAGCUCAGAUUGGGAAAAUAAAUUCAUACUUACUUCGUUUGAGCACCAUGGAGAUCCAGUCGGUGUUUGGAUCAAUUGUAAUGAUGCUGAAUUUGAAGGUGAAUGGAGCUGCUACGAGGAUGGUAAACCGACUGAAUAUCGGAAGUGGGAGCCAGACCAACCAUAUGACGAGAAGUGGCCAAGUGACCAGGAUUAUGGCUUCAUGAUAACCCGUGCUUACUAUGGGAAGAAUCCUGACGUACUUGGCUAUUGGGGUGAUGGGGAGGCAACAACUAAGAAGUAUAUCAUCUGUGAGCGUCGCCGUCAAGCCAGAUGUGGUUAA